GGGAGUGAGUCUGACGUGUCAGAAGCCUGGAGCUCUCUCUCUCUCUGCCAAUGGCUACCUUCACCCCUUCCUCCUCCGUUGUGCUGCCUCCCAUGCUGUCUUCCAGGGUUCCCCAUUUAAGAUAUUGUCCUUCUCCCCUCGUAAAAGUUUCAAAAAUGCCUCCAGUCAUGGCGACGAGCUCCACCUCUGCUAAGCCGGGAGACGAGAAGCUGGCUGAGAACAAGGGUGCUGAAGUCCCCGCCGCUCCAAAGCCACCAAAAAGGCCAGUUUACUCGAUGAAGAAAGGCCAAAUUGUGAGGGUGGAUAAAGAAAAGUAUCUCGACAGUAUCAAUUAUCUAUCGGUUGGGCAUCCACCUUACUAUAAAGGCUUGGACUACAUCUAUGAAGACCGUGGUGAGGUCCUGGAUAUUCGCAUUUUUGAGACUGGAGAGCAUGCACUGGUUGCCUGGGUAGGGAUACCAACUGCUCCUGCAUGGCUUCCAACUGACAUGCUCGUCAAGACUGAUAAGCUUGAUUAUGAGCGAAUAUGAAAGCAACAUCAAAGAGGAGACUACAACCAACAUUAAUUUCCGAGAUAAUUGAACAACCUUCUCUAAAUGAUCCUUCAAUUGUUUCAUUCUCUGCAGUCCUAAUAAUAUGUUGUAUAUGUGUUGUUCGAUAUGUAACAAAAUUGUGCAAAUGCCAAAAUCCUCAUCACUGUUACCAAGUGCAGCCUGUAUAGCUUCUUUUCAGCCUAUCACCUAUCAUGUAUCUGACUGUAGUGAUCAUAGUGAAUAGUGGAUCUCUUUUUUUUUUUUUUCCCAAAUUCGUUCAAUGACUGAUAGGCAAUGGACGAUCCUGCCCAACAGUAUUCAACCCAUC